CCUACAUAUACAAAAGAAACAAAGGCCAGGACAAAGGAACCACCCAACACAAACCAGCAAAAUGCACUUCCAGCUCCCAUAUCGAGACCGCCCAUUCCCAUACUCAUCUAUCACAGGCAGAUCAUCCCCGCUCGAGGAGCCAACUCCCUCAGCUGCGACUACAUCUAUAUCCCUAGUCAUAGCCACGUCCACCGACCCAAACGACGAAUAUGAGGAUCUCCCAAACCCCAACAACGACCGCAUCGGAGAGCAAUCCACCUAUUUACCCCCAUCCAACACACUCAACCAGCCUAUGCAACGCUCGCAGCCGCACCAGCUCCUACCCAGCGACAAUGGCACCAAUGCCGACGAGCUCCCCGGCUAUGCCUCCGAUGAUGACCUCCCUCGCUAUUUUUUUGGCCUGACAGAAAGCCCUUACUUCAACUCUGAUAGCCUGUCGGUCCCCUACGACUAUGACAGCCGGCGCCAACAGUAUCGCUUGCGUGCUAUCCGAGCCCUACGAGCUAGAGCAGAAUUAUAUGGGUCGGGGGGUUGAUCCUGUUUCUGCAGAGUGGGAGUUGGUGGCGGAUGGCGUUGCUGGGUUCGCUGACAGAUAUCAUCCUUUUUGGUUUCGUGGUGAGGGGGGGUGAUGAUUUACAAUUACGUGGGGGAUCCGAAGACAGAACUGCUCUCUGGUGAAUAUUGAAUUUGGCUGGAAUGGUGGAAGUGGGUUUGGCGUUGUUUUUAUACUAAAGGAAUAGUUGGUG